AUGAUUGUGUUGAACGCCAUAUAUCUUUGGACGUAUUACAUCCGUCGGCCUUUCAAAAUGAUGACACUUCAAGGCCAGAAAGCUUAUCUUGUCAGGAUUUUAGUUCUCUUGACCGACAAAAUUACGAUGAUGGAGACAGAUGUGUGGGCGUCCAACAACAAUAAACUUAACCAAAAUCGAGGGUGGAAACGAUACCGGCGUUGCAGUGGUGCCUUUCGAAUUUUACGUUAUCCUAAUCCAAUCUCUGCAGACAUCUUUAGGAUAACUGCUCCGAUUCGGUACAGAAAAACUGAAGACCCAUGUCAUCUUGUACUCCCAAAUGAUCAACCCGAAGGAGGAAAAAAUCUGGAAGCCAUGUAUCAAGUGUCAGUGGGUGGCAAACACGAUAAAUCUCUCGGGUGUUGCAAUAAUCCGCUUAUGAUAAUCGAAAAGUUCGCAAAUGAAUCAAAUCGUUGCCAUAUUGCAACUUUUAUUAACUAUAAACUCAAUGGUGAAUCUGUUAUAUGGAAGAUGUUAAAUUGUGCCUCUAUACAACUCGCAGCUGGUCUUUCAUUACCUUAG